CUUUCUGGUCUCAACAACCCAAUGACUGCCAAUGGUCUAUAACAAGAAACGAGUCAUAAUUGUCGCCCUUAUCUUCGCUUCAGCUUGGACAUGGAUGGCGUCUCUCUACUUCACUAUCACUUUCCAUAAUCAGAAACGCCCGUCAAAGCUACAAAAUGCGCCUACCUAGGCAAAUACUACCCCUAUAGUCAUUAUGGCCCCAGUAAAAAAUCAAACAGAAAUCAACGACACAGACGACUCAGAUAUAGACGAAACUCUCCAUCAACUGAUUAAUUUUAAAGACUUGGGAAGGAAUAAGAGAGCAGUAUUGCUAUUGAUCAUCGUUUCCACUGCACCAGCAAGAUUUAAAAGAAGACAGUUAAUAAGAAAAACCUGGUGGAAACAUUGUUCUGGCAAUCAGGCUCAGGUAGGCAGGCAAGAUAAGUUCCUUAUCGCCUGUUAUCUCACGAUUUCACGAAUACUUUACUUUCAGUUAUUCAUAGCGAAAUUUUCUACCGACGACGACGACUACAACAAGCAAAAAUCAACAGGUUUAAAUAAGUUAGCAAAACAACAACUUUGCACGUACAUCACACCUUGUUUUGUACUUUCUUUAUUGUCGUUCAACAACCUCGACGUGAAAAACCUAAUUUGACGUUUUACACCGAGGACGUGAACAAAAGACACCGAUUCUGAACUUGCAUACAGUCCUUUUGGAAUAAACCUUCAGAAAAAUUCGCCAAAAUUUGACAAUUAAACGAGGUCCAAUAGUAGUCAACAGCAAUUAUGUUGAAAACAGCUCGAAUUCUAGUAAAGUGACGUUUUCGUUCCUUCACUCUUGUAAAUACUAAAAGCUCCUCAAUCCUCAAUGGAAGGUGUCAAAGUUUAAAUAGAGAGAAUUUAAAGUAUUCGUUAAUCUGCUUUUCCAGAAAACGUCUAGUUUCAUCAUUUCAUCAUAUUCGUUUCCUGUUUUUAUCUCACCAAUGUAUGGAAUAUUUGUGAAAAUCUUCAAGGUGAAUCGGUAUAUUUCAUAGAGCUAGCUAAGAGCUACACAACGAGCAAGAGUACUAUUGACCAACAAGUGAACUUACACGGCAGGGGUAGCUGUAGUGUCAACUAUUACUAGUAAUACUCUAGAGAACUGUUUCUUUCACAUUUCGUGUUAUUCUCGUGCAUAUCUACGCGUAAUUACUGAAAAGACAAAGAGUCAAGUUCCCCGGCCUGGGACCUCUGUUGGGCAAACAAAACACAAAAGCUAAGUUGUCGUUUACAUUAAAGAUCGAAGUUUCAGUAGGUUUACUUAAUUUUACUUUGCGUUAUUUUCCUCACUUAUAUGUGUUGUCCGUGACUGUGCCCACAUGGUAGGUGGCUCCUCCUAAAAUGUUCUGUAAUUGGUAUAGGAUUUAAUGGCGCCGAAACCAAUUGUGGAAUUGCACGCAUUUUAGGCAUCCUAGUGAUGAACAGUUGCGACACGCAGAUAUAUAUUUUUUAGCAACUAAGAUAAUUUGCAGUCUGUCUACUUUGAAUAUGAUAGAACUAUUCAUUAUCUCAUCUGAAUAUUUGAUAUCGGGGCCAUAAAGUUACUGGGACUUUCGAGAAACGGGCGCAAGCAGCCUAGUCCCUAGGCGUUCUAGGCUCGGUCAAUCCUGGACUCUGCCGUGUACUAUGACGUCACCGAGAGAGACUUGCUCGCUCUUUCCCAGACUUUGCGCGGACAACUGGGCCAGACAGAACGCCUAGGGACUAGGUUGGGGCCCAAGGGCUUUUCUCUUGGACUUUUGGAUGGUCCCAUCCCAGAUUCCACGAGAAAAGCCCUGAAGAUGGCUCACACGACACCCGGGACAUAAGGGCAGUUCUGGCCUCGUGGGUAUAACUUGAAUUUUUCUUUCUUCAGGUUGAAUGUGUCUUCAUGACUGAUGGACUCAUGACAAACCGAACUCAACGUAACCUUAUUUUAAACGAAAAGGAUAAAUACAAGGAUAUUAAGCUUCAGCCUCUUAAAGGAGGCCGUGGGCAGUUUGGAUUCCGCUUCCUUGACCAAAUCAAAUGGGCAGCGGCGAAAUUUAACUUUCAGUACCUACUUAGAAUCGAUGAUGACUACUUCUUGUGCCCAAAAAGGCUUCUUUCUGAGCUUCCAUCGAGGCCGAAACAAAAUCUAGUUUGGGGAUUUUUCCACUGUGAAGCAGGAAUCACAUGGCUGGAUGAAGCAUUUAUGAUAUUCACUAAAGAUAUCAUUCAGAAGUUCUUGGGGCAGAACGAAAGCUCGAUGUUGUGUCAUCCACAUGCGGACCAACAAGUGAUGUUGUGGCUGAGAAAAAUUCUAAAGAAAACAUACUUCCACGAUACUAGGUUACAUCAUCAGCCUCCAGCGUCACAUGUUCCUCGAUUUAGUAAAAUCAGGAGAGUUUGUGACUCCUAUUUAGGGGUGCAUGGGGCAUACGGUAAGACCAUGUAUCAUCUGGGGCUAAGAGCUAAUGACAACGCUAAAAAUUUUUCACCUAUUCCUGAAUUUGCAAGAUUUUGUAAAAACGCAAAGUUUAAUUACCAUGUAUUUAAUAGCAUGUGGCGAUAUGUACCCAAGCCCUGCAAAGAUAAUCCAACGUGGAACUUGAGAGAUGAAAUGUGGUUUGGUAAGGAAGUUGGUCAAGGAAUUUAGUCUAAAAGCUUCUUUUAUUGGUUAUUUGUGAUAAUUCAGUGAAGGUAUACACUGAUUCAGUACAUGUAUUUGUUUGUAACUUCGCUGAAAAGAGUUUUUAGAAAAAAACUCCUUUUACUGAUAUAUAUUGGCCUUAAUGAAUUUCAUUUUUCAGUUCAGUUGGAUCUCAUUCAGUCCAAGUAAUGCCUGCCAGAGAUAGAAAAGAUUUUUAGUAAAUAUCGUUCCUAUGUGUAGUUCAACAUAACUUCAAAAUUUUGGCCUAUUACUUUGCCGAUAUGAACAUCGAUCAUUUCAAAUCCUUCUCGCGAUACGCGAGGUUGGUGGCAAAGAAUGAGUGGUGAGAAAGAAGGCUGAUUGCGGUCGGCUUUCUUGCCUUGACCGGCAUGCAGGUAGGCUUAGCUACAGAAGUUCCAUAGGUAUACGUGGAGUUCAAAAUCAUUCUUAAUUUGUUUGCCAAAUCACACAAAUGUCCAGCGCUGGCCACAAGAUCCCUAUUUUCCUUUUUCAUCCGUAAUUCUUCACUUCUCCGAGGUGUGGAAGUGUGGAAGUACCCGGCUAAGGCCCGGUUCAGACAGACGCCGCUCCACUCAUGUACCGAAGCUAACUGAUGAAUUACCCUGAGUACGGGAAAAAAGCGGCAUCUGAAUCAAUUUGGUACGGCAAUUUUAGUUUGGUGGGCCAAAAGGG